AUGCACCGCGGCGAGUGGCUCGCACAGAACACAUUCGAUGGUGGGAUGGAGAGGGUGGAGCGCCAGACUGUGACCAUUCACGAGGUGCUCGGCGAGGAGAUACCUGUAUCUAGAAGUCGUAAGGCUGCCUCCCAGGGCGUGAAGAGCAGCGCAUGGGCCUCGCCGCGUGGCACCCAUAUCCACACCCGAGCCACCUUGUCUGGGUCUGGACCCUCGAGCUCUGCGAGCGACGCCGAGCUGCCCACCCGCAACCUGCCGGGCGUCGUUGCUCUCCUGGUGCUGGGGGCAUUGGGCGUGGUGGGUUACCGAUGGCUGUUUCAGUCGGAGGUGGGGAGCGCCUGGCUGGAGGCCACGCGUACUGCGCUGGCUCGGUCAGGCUUUGCCCGCUCCGGCUUCCUGGCGGCCUUCAGUCUCAUCUUCACCUCAGAGCUGGGAGACAAGACCUUUUUCAUUGCCGCCAUGCUGGCCAUGCGCCUCGGCAAGGCCAUCAGCUUUGUGGGCUCCCUCCUGGCCCUGUCCCUGAUGACAGCGAUUUCUGUGGGCAUUGGGUAUGUGGUGAAGCGCGUGCCCGCCAGCAUCGAGACCACGGAGUUCCUGGGCCAAUGGUUGGGCGCCGCGCUCCUCGCUUUCUUUGGCAUCCGUACCCUGCUGGACGCCUGGCAGUCGGAGGAGAAGCGGGCGGACGAGGAGAAGGAUGCAGAGAAGUCGCUGGACGUGGCGGUGCAGACCGGCAAGAUCAGUGCGCGCGGCUCCUGGCGCGGCAUCCUGGAGGUGGCCAGCCUCAUCUUCGUGGCGGAGUGGGGUGACAGGUCCAUGCUGGCCACCAUCGCUCUGGGCGCGGUCCAGGCUCCCUGGGGCGUGGCCGGCGGCGCGGUGGCCGGGCACGCGGCGGCUACGCUGAUCGCGGUCACCGCCGGCGCCCUGCUGUCGCGCCACGUCAGCGAGAAGACGGUGGGGUACACCAGCGGCAUCCUGUUCCUCGUCUUCGCCGCGGCCACCGCCCUGAACUUGUUCUGA